AUUUUCUUGUCGCUCAAGACUACACCGACAGCUAACCGGCUAACAAGUAACAACGGAGUGACAUGUAGUGAACAAAGUCGGAGUCAUUUAUUUGGCAGACGCUUGAAGAAUGGAGUGCAGUAAUAUACACGACCAGUGCCCACUGGUCCAAGCUGUAUUUCAGCGAAAUGUAGAGGAGGUCACAUUUCUGUUGGACCAUAAAGAAGAUGUGAAUUCAUUGGACCAACGCCAAAGCACACCACUUCACGCAGCUGCUUAUUUGGGCGAUGUCCAAAUCAUGGACCUUCUUAUAACCUCAGGUGCAAACAUUAAUACUAAGGACCAGGCCAUGCUGACUCCACUACAUCGUGCAGCUGCAUCACGCAAUGAGAAAGCUGUUCAGUUGCUGCUGAAGCACAGGGUUGAGGUGAAUGCACGGGACAAAUUCUGGCAUACGCCACUCCAUGUGGCUGCUGCAAACUGGGCUACUGGUUGUGCAGAGGCUCUCAUUCCACAUGUGUGCAGCAUGGAUGUUUUGGACAUAUCGGGAAGGACGCCUUUACAUCACGCAGCAUACAGUGGCCACUCAGAGAUGGUGAACCUACUGCUCAGCAAAGGAGCCACCAUCACUGCCAAAGAUAAAAAGGAAAGGCAGCCAAUUCAUUGGGCUUCAUUCCUUGGUCAUGUCGAUGUGGUGAAACUGCUGGUCUCUCACAGAGCAGACGUGAUGUGUAAAGACAAACAUGGCUACACUCCACUUCAUGCUGCAGCUGCUGGUGGCCAAACCGAUACUGUUAAAUAUCUUCUGAAGCUUGGAGUGGGGAUUGAUGAGCCCAACACAUUUGGCAACACGGCUCUCCAUAUUGCAAGCCAGGCCGGACAUGAUAUUGUGGCAUCUGAGCUGGUGAACUGUGGGGCCAACGUGAACCAGCCAAACAACAAUAGCAACACACCGCUGCAUCUGGCUGCAACAUCCUCCAGCGGGGUGAUGUGUCUUGAGCUGCUCAUCAAUAACGGUGCUGAUGUAAACAUGCAGAAUAAGGAAGGAAAAAUCCCCUUGCACUUGGCUGCUAUGAAUGGAUGCUUCACAGGCUCACAGAUUCUAAUACAAAAUGGUGGCGAGAUAGAUUGUGUAGAUAUUUAUGGAAACACUGCGCUUCAUGUUGCAGCCAGAUUUGGCCAGGAGUUGUUGGUCAGCACACUGUUGACAAAUGGUGCUAAUAAAGUCAAGCAAGGGAUUCAUGGAAUGCUUCCUCUCCAUCUAGCAGCGCUGCAUGGUUUUCCUGAUAGUUGCCGAAAGUUGUUAUCAAAUGGCCUUUAUAACAAUGUCACGCCAGAAAUAAACUGCCAGUCACCUGGAUUUGAUAUAAACUCUCAGGAUGACUAUGGGAGGACGUGCCUCCAUGCUGCUGCCUCUGGAGGAAAUGUUGACAGCUUGAACCUUCUGAUAAGCUGUGGAGCUGAUCUUGAUAUUAAGGAUCACCUGGGAAGGUCUCCGUUGCACUACGCUACAGCCAAUGGCAACAGUCAAGCUACCAUCUCGUUGGUCAGAGCAGGUGCUGAGGUCAAUGAUGCAGAUUUAAUGGGAUGCAGUCCACUCCACUAUGCAGCUGCCGCUUCAUUCAUCUUCUCUGAUGGAAUGAGCACAGAUCCUGACUACGGCGUGGCAAAGGAACAUGAAGCUUCUUUAUGUUUGGACUUCUUGCUGGACAAUGGAGCUGACCCGACACUAAAAAACAGCAGAGGUUACAGUUCUGUACAUUUUGCUGCAGCAUAUGGGAACAAGCAACACCUGGAACUGCUGCUGGAAGUUUCCUUCAACUGUCUGGAGGAGGUGGAGAGUAAUAUUCCAGUCAGCCCUCUGCAUUUAGCUGCAUAUAAUGGUCACUGUGAGGCGCUUCGCCUACUGUGUGAAACCCUGGUCAGUCUGGAUGUGCGAGACAUUGAGGGUCAAACUGCCCUCCACCUCGCUGCCCACAGGGGGUUUGCUUCGUGUGUGGAGGUUCUGCUCAAGCACCAGGCCUCUUACACAGUGAAGGAACGCAAACACAAGUGGACCGCUCUCCAUGCUGCAGCUGCCGAGGGUCAAAUGGAUUGCCUGCUUCUCCUUGUGAACCAAAGACACAGCACUGAUAUUCUAGAUAGCCAAGACACAAAAGGACAGACAGCGCUCAUGCUGGCUGCUCUGGGAUGUCACACGGAUUGUGUCCAUAUCCUGCUGGAGAAAGGAGCCUGUGCUGAUGUAGUGGACAACAAAGGCUUCACUGCACUACACAGAAGUGCUACAUUGGGAAGUGAGAACUGUGUGUCUGCACUGCUGGAACAUGGCGCUUCUCCUCUGUGUAGAGAUGCUCAGGGAAGGACGCCGUUGCACCUUGCUGCCUCAGGCGGUCAUACGAAGCUACUCCUCUGUUUGCUCAAGGAGGCUUUUAAAAGCGACCCUCUGGACUCCAUGUUGGACUACAAAGGUUACACACCCACUCACUGGGCUGCCUAUCACGGGCAUGAAGAGUGUUUACGCAUUUUGCUUGAAUAUAAACCGUUCAACAUCCAGGAGGGAAAUGCCUUCAGUCCGCUGCACUGUGCUUUGAUCAAUGGCCAUGAUGCUGCUGCUGGUCUCAUUGUUAAGACUGUUGGACCUAAGAUUGUGAAGAUUGGUGAUGCCAAAGGAAGGACUCCCCUUCAUGCAGCUGCCUUCUCGGGUAGUGUGACUGGGCUGCACCUAGUUCUGUCCCAGGGGGCGGACAUCAAUGCUGUGAACCAUUGUGGACGCUCUGCUCUGAUGGUUGCUGCCAGCUGUGGACACACCGUGGCCGUGGAAUACCUGCUGCAUAGUGGAAAGACAGACCUGACCCUGAUGGAUGUCCACAACAACACUGCCCUUCACUUGGCCUGUAGCAAGGGCCAUGAGAUGUGUGCACUGCUGAUCCUGGCAGAGAUUAAUGACUCCUCACUCAUCAAUGCAGCGAACAGCACUCUGCAAAUGCCUCUACACAUAGCAGCAAGGCAGGGGCUGGCCACAGUGGUGCAGGUCUUGCUCAGCAGAGGAGCAGCCGUCAUGGCUGUGGAUCAAGAAGGUCGUACGCCAGCUCUGGCGUGUGCACCAAACAAGAAUGUGGCAGAUUGCCUGGCUCAGAUUCUCUCCAGCAUGAAGCCAUUUCUGAUCCCAGAGUCGAGCAAUGGUCCAACACCCCGCUGCAACCCUGUCCUGAAGAACUGUAGCAUAAGUGCCUCCUGCGGGUCCACUGGUGGUCUCUGUCAUAACUAUGCCAAGGAUCGUUCUCGCACAGUGGGUCUGCAUGGGUGUCUCACUGAGUGAAAGUUGUCCACAUAAUUGAAGAGCGUUGUUGGUUGUAUUUUUAUCCAACUGGUUUCAUGACGAUCUUGCUGGUAGAUUUUAGAAUGUUGGUCAACUGGAAUGAGUGGUUGGGUGGCCUCUAAAUGUGGAUGUGCUGCUACAAGUUUGUUCUCAACAGUCAAACUUGGUGCUCUACAAAGUAUUUGAAUUCAUGAAGGACAAUAAUGCACUCCAAUUGAAGUGAAAUCAAAACACAACUCACUAAGGAGCAACAAGCUGUGCUGGCUCUUUUUUUUCCCUCUUCAUUUUUAAUCUCCACAUCCUCUCUUUUCACGGUUGCUAAACUCUGUGAAAGUUUAUCAAAAGUAUGUUCCACAUUCUGUUAGAUGCGGUCAUGGUUGUCCAACUAGUCUUAAAUUUAAAAUGGGUGUGUGUGCCUCUCUGCACAGACAUAUCACCUGUCAAUAUUUUUACUGCUGCUUUACGUUUCUUGACCAUUUUAUUCUCUACAACUUAAAAUGUAUGAUUUUGAAAUUGUCCCAGUCUAAAGCUCGACUUUAUUGUUUGCCUCUACUUUUAGUAUCAAGUUUGUGAGAUAGUAUUGCUUUUAGUAGUUUGUUUCUGAUUACAUCAUUCUAUUAUUAUGGUAAAGUUAUUAUCCUAUUAUGUCAAAAUGCUCUCACAUCUGCUGCUGUGUUCUGCCCAAAUAUGAUUCAACAUUGUGUUUUGGUAUUCUAUGAAGUGUGUAAGAGCUUUUAGCUGACUCUUUAAAAAUAAAUAAUAAAGGUUUAUUUUCACACAGUCUAUUUAAGAUUAUUGUUAUUAAUUGCAAGGGUCUUUGCAAGGAUCAACUGUUUCAUCAUUAAAACAUUUGUCACUAAAA